AAUUCUCCAGUGCAAGGCAUUUUUUUCUUAACCAAUGCUAUGUUAACUCAGAAAAGUCAAUUAGGUGUUUUGCGCUAGUCAUUUGAGUCGACAUCCUCGGUGGCUUAUUUGAGUUGGCAUCUUUGAAGACUAUCCUGUUGCCAAAUUAUUGGGGCCAAAGGAGAAAAGAUACGAAUCAUAGUAAAGAAAUAGUGAACAGGAAACAAGGAGCCAAGAAGAUGGAGGAAGAGGGCAAGAAGCAAUUCAUCCUUGUUCACGGGAUGUGCCAUGGUGCAUGGUGCUGGUACAAGCUCGCCACCUUGCUAAUGGCAGCCGGCCACAGAGUCACGAUGCCCGACCUGGCUGCUUGCGGGGUGAACCCCAAGCGCCUCCACGAGCUCCGGUCUUUCUCCGACUACUCUGAACCAUUGAUGGAGGCGAUUUCCUCAAUCCCAUCCGGCGAGAGGGUGGUUCUUGUUGCCCACAGCUUUGGUGGAUCUACCGUUGCCCUUGCCAUGCAGCGAUUCGCAGACAAAGUCUCCGCCGCCAUCUUUGCCACUGCAAUGAUGCCAAGCACCACCACUCCCUUCGCCACCAUUGGACAGGAGUUCAGCAUGAAGCAUCCACCGGAGUACUUCAUGGACUCCAAAUUUGUGAUAAGCCAAGACCAUGAAAUCAGUUGGAAGACCAUCACCUUCGGUCCCAAUUACAUGAAGGAAAGGCUGUAUCAGCUCUGUGCACCUGAGGACUUGGCUCUGGCUACUAUGUUAGUGAGGCCAUCGAGUUUGUUCGAACAUGAUGAUCCCCUUGUGGUCUCCAAGGAAAACUAUGGCUCAGUGAGCCGAGUGUUCGUCGUGUGCAAGGAGGACCUAGCCAUUAAAGAGGACUUCCAGCGUUGGAUGAUAGAGCAAAGCCCAGAGGUGGAGGUGAGGGAGAUUGAAGAGGCUGGUCAUAUCGUCAUGCUUUCAAAGCCCAAAGAGCUAUGCAGUCUCCUCCUUGAGAUUGCUGGGAAGUAUCCAUGAGGCAGGUUGAUGGUAGAGGUGGAAGUCUCUAGUUUGCUUGCAACAAGCAUGCCCUCAAUAGAUGAGAAGAUAGUGGAAUCUCUCUGAUGCAGGAGUAUUAUAAUUUUUGGGGUUUGUAAUGUUUUUAAUAAAUUUGUCCAAAAAUAUUUGUUCAAGAAAAGUUGUCAUGGCCUUUUUUUAUUUU